CAUCUGUGGAAACGCUGAAGUUCCCAUUAAGCCCACUGUGACCCUGCAGCCAUCCUGGACUCAGAUAUACAGCGGUGAGAUAGUCACUGUGAGAUGUGAGAUUCUGGAAAGUGAAGGAGCUCAGUGGAUGUAUGAAUGGAGACGAGGCCAGUCAAACAUAGGUCAAACAUCCAAUGAAUACAAAAUCAUCAGCGCUACUGAGUCUCAUGGUGGAGGAUACAGCUGCCGGGGCAGAAGAGGCUCUUCCUGGACAGAGUGGAGCAAUAUCACCUCAUUAAUUGUAUUAUCUCCUCCUAAGCCCACUGUGACCCUGCAGCCAUCCUGGACUCAGAUAUACAGAGAUACCACGGUCACUGUCAGAUGUGAGAUCCAAGGAGGUGAAGGAGCUCAGUGGACGUAUGAAUGGAGACAAAACCAGUUAAACACACCUCCAACAUCCAGUGUAUAUACAAUCAACAGAGUUACUGAGUCUGAUGGUGGAGAAUACAGCUGCCGGGGCAGAAGAAGCUCUUCCUGGACAGAGUGGAGUGAUAGCACCCCAUUGAAAGUAAUAGUUCCCAUUAAGCCCACUCUGACCCUGCAGCCAUCCUGGACUCAGAUAUACAGCGGUGAGACAGUCACUGUCACAUGUGAGAUUCAGGGAGGUGAAGGAGCUCAGUGGACGUAUGAAUGGAGACCAGCCAAGUUAAACACACCUCAAACAUCCAAUGAAUACAAAAUCACAGUUACUGAGUCUGACAGUGGAGGAUACAGCUGCCGGGGCAGAAGGGACUAUUCUUUAACAUACUGGAGUAAUAUCAUCAGACUGACUGUAUCAUCUAAACCAAAGGCUGAACUGAGAGCUGAUAGGACAGCUGUUCCAGUAGGGGGCAGUGUGACCCUGACCUGCUCUGUGAGCCCAUCAUCAUCAUCAUCAUCAUCAUCUAGAUGGAAAUACUACUGGUACAGAGAUUGGAAAUCUAAUGAAGCUUUGACAAAUGGACAAAUCAGUGUCUCAGACGGAGGACUCUACAGCUGCAGAGGAGGAAGAGGAGAACCAGUUUACUACACAGAGUACAGUGAGUCAGUCAGGAUUGACACAACUGUGUCAAACAGGCCUGUUGUGACUCUGUAUCCAAACUGGUCUGAGAUAUACAGAGGAGAGACGAUCACUGUCAGAUGUGAGAUCCAUGGAGGAGACACUGAGUGGGAUUAUGAGUGGGAAACAAACAGCAUCAUAAAACCUCCAAAUCAAAAUGAAUACAGGAUUGGAUCUGCUUCAUCAUCCAACAGUGGAAACUAUCGCUGUAAGGGCAGAAUGAAAAGUUCACGGUAUAAAACAACAGAGUGGAGUGAUUCAGUCACACUGACAGUUUCUGACAAUAAACCCCGUCCUGUCCUCACUGUGUCUCCAUCAUGGCUGAGUCCUGGAGCCUCAGUAACUCUGAACUGUCAGGUUGAACAUCCGUCUGCAGGAUGGAGCUUCUACUGGUAUAAAGCUGUUCCUGAUCUAUCAGAGAAAUCCUCCAGUUAUGAGCUGCUACCUGAUGGCAGUGGGACUGCACAGGACUCCUACAUCAUUCAUGGACAGACACACACAGCAGGAUAUGUGUGCAGAGCUGGAAGAGGAGACCCAGAGUAUCACACUGAUCACAGUCAACCAAAGUUUGUCUGGUCUGCAGAUGUUCAUUCAGCAGCGUCUCUCACAGUGAGUCCUGACAGAGUGCAACACUUCACCUCUGACUCUGUCUCACUGACCUGUGAGGGAAACUUCACUGAGUGGAGAGUGAGGAAGUUCUCUGAGGACGGCCGACUGUACUCUGACUGUAGGAGAAUGACUGGAUCCACAUGUAACAUCAACACAUCAAAGUCAGAUACUGGAGUGUACUGGUGUGAGUCUGGAUCAGGAGAGUUCAGCAGUGCAGUCAACAUCACUGUACAGAAUGAUGGUAAUGGUCCUAUCCUGGUGAGUCCUGUUCAUCCUGUGACUGAGGGAGCUUCUGUUAGUCUGAGCUGCAGUUUGAAAACACAAAAAAUACUUUCCAAUGUGUUUUUCUAUCACAAUGACAAACUUAUUCAAAAUGAUACGCGAGGGGAGCUGAACAUCUCUGCAGUGUCAAAGUCUGAUGAAGGUUUCUACAAGUGUCAGUACUCAGGAAGAGAGUCAGCACAGAGCUGGAUGUCAGUUAAAGUAACUGUGUCAGGAGCUGACAGCUUUUUAUCUCCUGUGUGGUUGAUGGUUGGACUGGUUUGUGGAGUCUCUCUCAUUAUUAUUCUCCAGCUAUUGUUGCAUCGCUGCAGACAGUCCAAGUGUUCCUGCUUCACCAGGUCGAUCCAGUCUGAGAGUCACAGUCCGGGCUCCUCCACAAAUCAUGGAGUCAACCAGGAUGAAACUCAUGUGUACGACUCUGUUCAUCCUGGUACUGCUGACAUCUAUGCAUCAGUCACACUCGCAGAUGACUACGAGGACAUCACCUACCUACUCUCUUAA